AUGGGUAAAUCGCUCACCAAAGUUGUGUAUAAGCCCGACAACAACUCUACCGAGGUCUUCUUGAUCAUCGUAAACCCUGUGGAGUUCAAGAAGUGGAAGGAGGGUGGUAACACCAUCCCAUUAGUCGAGGUCGUCGAUUCGUUUGAGGUUCUACAUUCCAGCCAAGGCGCGCAAGGACUCCUUGGCCGACCGUCGAAACAAGAGCUCGAUAACACCUUUGGCACACAUGUCGACACUGAAGUCGUUACGCACAUCCUGCGAAAUGGCAAGGAGGAGGCAGGAGAAGGGCUAUCAGGAAAGUGGGGAAGCAAGAAUGAUACGCACGGGAGUGCUUUUCUUGACAGCAGGGGUGGAAACAGCACGAGUGGCCUCUGAAUUACUACAUUAGCCGCGUUGAUGCUUGACCUAACCUCAGAUUCAGAUUCGGUGCUUUGAAGAAGUUGUAGCUGCAAUUGUAUCCAUUAAAUCCCUUGAUCUCGGGCCAACAGGGCGCUGCGCUUCCACGUUAUACAUAUCAUCAACGCAGAAACUCAUGGAGCC